AUGCCCGUCGUCCGCCUCGAGCGGGACGAAAAGUCGCCCGCGUCCAACACGGGCCCGGGCAUCCUGUCCUCGUCCUCCUCCGACGACGAGGACAAGAAGAUCGCCGACACCAAGGAUGGCGUCUCCAUCAACGUCGACCCAGACCGCACCCGGGGCAACUACGACGGCGAGGCCAUCGCCACCCAGGUCUCCGUCUACGAUGACCCCGAGACGGCCAAGCACUACCAGCCCCGCGCCGACUGGGAGAACCUCCAUCGCUUCGAUCCUCUCGCGCGCUGGUCCUGGAACGAGGAGAACAGGCUCAUCCGCAAGAUUGACGUGCGCAUCAUGAUCUUUGCCUGCAUCAUGUUCAUGGCCCUCGAGCUGGACCGUGCCAAUAUCAGCCAAGCCGUUACCGACAAUUUCCUCGGUGACCUCGGUCUCACGACCAAUGACUUCAACCUCGGUAACACCGUCUUCAAGUUGUCCUUCCUUUGCGCUGAGCUGCCGUCUCAGCUCGUGAGCAAGUGGAUCGGCCCCGAUCGCUGGAUUCCGGCGCAAAUCAGCUUGUGGAGCAUCGUGUCCUUGAGUCAGUUUUGGCUUAGCGGCCGCACGUCGUUCCUCGUCUGCCGAUCCCUCUUGGCCAUUCUCCAGGGUGGUUUCAUCCCAGAUAUUAUUCUGUACCUGUCUUAUUUCUAUAAGCAUCAUGAACUCUCACUCCGCCUCGGCUUCUUCUGGACCGCCAUGUCCAUCGCGGACAUCAUCGCCGGUCUCCUGGCCGCUGGUAUCCUGCAGCUUCGCGGUGCAAACGGCCAUGCCGGAUGGAGAUGGCUUUUCCUUCUCGAGGGUCUGAUUACCUUGGUUGUUGGUGUUCUCGCCUUUGGCCUUAUGCCUCCCUCGCCGACCCACACCAAGCACUGGUUCCGGGGUAAAAACGGCUGGUUUAGCGAAAGGGAGGAGAUCAUCAUGGUCAACAGAGUCAUCCGUGACGACCCAAGCAAGGGCGACAUGCACAAUCGCCAACCAAUCACCCCCAAGCUUUUGUGGAAGAGCAUCACGGACUUUGACCUCUGGCCUUUGUAUAUCAUUGGCAUCGUGUGGAACAUCCCGGCGACGCCCCCCAACCAGUAUCUCACUCUGAUCUUGCGCGGCAUCGGCUUCGACACCUUCCGUACCAACUUGCUCACCAUUCCCACCACCUUCCUGCACAUGGUCACCAUGAUGCUGCUUACCUACACCGCGGAAAUCGUCAAGGAGCUCACCUUUAUGUCCAUGUUGAGUCAGAUUUGGCUUCUUCCCUUCCUGGUCUACCUUUCCGUCAACGAUAUCACCAAGAUUGACCGAUGGGUCGCGUGGGGCGUCUUGACCGCUCUCCUUGCAUUCCCCUCUCCUCACCCCAUCCAAGUCGGCUGGAACUCCCGCAACUCCAACACCGUCCGCUCCCGCACCGUCUCCGCCGCCCUCUACAACAUGAUGGCUCAAACCGGUGGCAUAAUCGCCUCCAACAUCUACCGCGCCGACGACGCGCCCCGCUACAAGAGGGGUAAUCGCGUCUUGGUUGCCAUCGUGUCCACCAACAUUGUGCUCUACCUGCUGACCAAGGCCUACUACGUUUGGCGCAACAAGAGCCGCGACAAGAAGUGGGACGCGCUCUCGGCUGACGAGAAGCGCAACUAUCUCGAGACUACCAAGGACGAGGGAACGAGAUGGACACCAAUCCUCCCUCGGAACCUGCUCCCCUCAGGAUACCAUCGUGAAGCGGAAACAGCAAAACGAGGUCAUGUCGCCAUCAGUUCGCGCUGCGUUUAUAGGGGCUCUGGUCGCCGGAUCAGCCCUGGCAGCCCCGGAAUCCACGAGCGAAGGCAGUCCGAAACCUGCUCCUCGGUCAAGAAGCGCCGCGCGUGGCACACGCUCUCGGAUGACGAAAAACGCGCCUAUCUCGAUGCCGAGGUGUGUUUGAUGAACACGCCGUCGACAAGCGACCUCCGCGGGAGCAAGUCCAAGUUCGACGACUUCCAGGCCAUCCAUGUUCUUCAGUCCGAGAUUGCUCACUUUGUUGGCCAAUUCCUCCCUUUCCAUCGCCUAUUCGUGUACGCCCACGAGCAGGCUCUGGAAGCCGAGUGCGGAUACACAGAGGGCCAACCGUACUGGGCCGAAGAGGUGGACGCCGGCGCGUUCAGCAAAUCCGUCAUCUUCGACGCAGAUCUCGGUUUCGGCGGAGACGGCGCUCCCGACACGCAGUGCAUCCAAGACGGUCCAUUCGCCGAUUACAUGAAUCCUCUCGGUCCGGGAUACACCAUCGAGGAUCAUUGCAUCCAGCGCCAGAUCAGCGACAGGGCAAGCAACUCGGCCCAAGAGAGCGUGUUGGAGAACUGCAGGAAUAAGACGACCUUUAUGGAAUUUUGGCCUUGCAUCGAGGGCGGCCCCCACGGAGCCGGCCACGGCGGAGUGGGCGCUCAGAUGUUGAACCCCGUCUCGAGCCCUGGCGACCCCUGUUCUUCAUGCAUCAUACUUGGUUGGAUAGGCUCUGGGCUAAAUGGCAGGAAGGCGACCCCGAAACCCGCCACGCCGAGAUUGGCGGAAACAACGAAGCCACCGGAUUCUUCGGAGGUGGCGCGGGCGGGUUCCCUGGAGGUCCGGGUGGUGCCCGAGGAGCCGGCCGAUCCGGAAGACGCCGAGGACCCAGCCGAGCCCCGCAAACUCCCGGAGGAGGUGGAUUCACGCCGCCGUUCGGAGGCGGUUUUGGAGGCGGCAUGCCAGGCUUUGCCCGUCCGGAUGACUGCCCCGGAAAUCAUCGGGGACCCGGGCAACGAGACUACCUUGACCCACCUCUUGGAGAUGUACGGAGUGGUGGAGGACCGCACCAUCGCCGAGGUUAUGGAUAUUGCUGAACUAUGCUAUGAAUACGACUAG